UGGCGGCCAAUGGACGUGCCUGCAUCGUGUGGCACCAAAUUUCUCUGAGCCAAUAGGAGGCGGCGCUGCUCGUGGAAUAAAUUUGCAGGCUGUAUUAUCGUUUCGCCGUCACCAGCAGCAGCAGUGAGGAGAUCAGAAAGGAGAGAGCAGCAAAGCUGGAGAUCAGAGGAGAGAGAGACUGGAGCGACUGACAUCUCUUCACCACCCAACUACAGGACAACAAGCCGACCAUUGUGGAGGAAGGAGAAGAAGACGCCACAUCCUCCUCACCUACACACACCAGAUUUCAUCAUGUAUCGAGGGAGUCAGACUGUGAGUACAUGUGUGGAAAAUCCCAGUGUAACUGCUGAGGAUAUUGGAGCACAUCGUGAAAUGACGGAUGAUAUAUUUGACCCUUCGUAUCAAGAGCAGAAAGGUCCCAGACCUCCCAUGAAAAUAGUAUGGAGAAAUGUCAUACUGAUGACUUUACUACAUGGCGCGGCACUAUAUGGGAUUUUUCUUAUACCAGCAGCAAAGCCUGCUACCUUGGUUUGGGCUGUAUUGUGCUUUAUGAUGAGUGCCCUUGGAGUGACUGCUGGUGCCCAUCGCCUCUGGAGUCACAGAUCCUACAAAGCCAAGCUCCCCCUGAAGAUGUUUCUGGCAGUUUCAAAUACAAUGGCAUUUCAGAAUGACAUAUAUGAAUGGGCACGAGACCACCGGGCACAUCACAAAUACUCUGAAACAAAUGCAGACCCUCAUAAUGCAAUGAGAGGCUUCUUCUUUGCACAUAUUGGUUGGCUCCUUAUGCGAAAACACCCAGAUGUAAUAGAAAAGGGUAAAAAGCUUGAUUUAAGCGACCUCCAUGCAGACAAAGUGGUGAUGUUUCAGAGAAGGCAUUACAAGAAACUCAUUCUACUGAUGUGCUUUAUCUUUCCCACGGUGGUCCCUUGGUAUUUCUGGGGUGAAUCGCUUUACAAUGCAAUAUAUGUACCUUGUCUAUUGCGCUAUGCUUUGGUGCUUAAUGCAACAUGGCUUGUGAACAGUGCAGCUCAUAUGUUUGGAAACCGACCAUAUGACAAGAACAUCAACCCAAGGGAGAAUAGAUUUGUUGCUAUAGGAGCAAUUGGUGAAGGCUUUCAUAAUUAUCAUCACACAUUCCCUUAUGACUAUUCUAGCAGUGAGUUUGGAAUCAAAUACAAUUUCACUACAUUGUUUAUCGAUCUAAUGUGUUACUUGGGCCUUGCCAGUGACUGCAAGAAAGUCUCAACAGACAUUAUCAAAGCUCGGCGGCAACGUACUGGGGAUGGAAGCCUUAGGAGUGGCUGAAUACUGAGAAAAGAAUGACCACUCUCAAUAUAGUGAACAACAAAAACAAAAAUAGAGCAAGGAUGAAUAUGAUUACUUUAACAUGAUCCAGCAGUGUUCUUUUAACAAUGUAUUUAAAGUAAUUAUAACCCCACCUUCAAGUUUUAGCAUUCAGACCAUUUCUUCUAUUUGUUAUAUGUACUGUUUCUUUAUUAGGCUUUUGUAUUUUGUUCUUAUUUAAAUUGUGUUUUAUUGGUUGAUAUUUUUGCCAAGCAUUCACUUUCUUACAUUUAGUGUAAAUUCUUGACCUAAUUCCAUGAGAUCUCUACUUGCUGUAAAUUUUGUCUUGAACACUGACCACAACUCCAGCUCUCGCUCUCUCUUUCUCUUAAGUUUUCUCAUUGACAGCUCUCAGGCUUUCUGCAACAAGAAUGAAAUCAAAUAAGUGGACAACUUAACAAGUGCCAUUUUUUAACAGUUUGUACAUAAGGAAAAAAAAACAGCUAGAAGAGUUUUGUAUCUAUUUAAUUUACUCUUAAGUGUAUAAAAGUGGUUUCUAGAUGUUCCUUUGCUGUCUUGCAACUGUUUGCCCUACCACUGAUUCUGAAUUAGGUGCAGUGCUAGGUUGCAGACUUUGCAAAUGCUUCAAGUGAGUUGUGGCAGUAUGCACAUUAAAGGUUGCUUAGACUAUUAAUGUACGCAUAAGGGUACCACCCACUCAACUGAUUCAAAUGGAAAUGUAUAGUAGAGAGGUCAAGUAAGUAGGUACUGAGUUGGCUUCCUCAGUAGAAAUGUGUUGCCUCGUUUUAUGAUUGCAAAAAGGAUUCAAAAACGUUUAGGCAAAUUCAUUACUCAGUUUUAUCCAAAACCACCAACCUAGAGAUCAUCCUGUGGCCUUGUAAUAGCUUACAAUGUUCCUGUUUUGCUGAGCAUGAUAGAGGCCUUCUAUUUUCAGCAUUGAGCUAAACAUUACCAUUGUAGAGGGGCGGUUUAGAAAUGUAGCACUGAAAAAGGCACAGGAACUUGAUGAUAAAAGUAUGUUAUGUUUCAUUUCCAAUAUAAUACAUUGUUGAGAACGUGGAAGCCAGAUUUUUGGCUUCAUACAUUGAUCAUCCUGGCUAGCUGUGCCAACUUGUUCAGUAGAUUAGCAUAAUUUCUAGAAAUUUAGUGCAUAGAUGGGCAUGGCUUGAAAACCCCACCCUUUUGUAAUUUAUGAUGCUUACUGUCUCUCUUUAGUUAAUAAUGUAAAAUAUUUUGUCUGUCUGUUGAGAAUAUUUAUAACUAAGAUUUCUGUAGCAGUAAAAGCUAGUUGACAUCCAAGUAAUUAACUGCUUACAAGAUAUAGAUAAUACUUAUAGUAUUUAUCAAUUGAAUGCACUUAUUAGAUACAGACCUGCAUAAUUGUAGGAGAAUAACGUUAUUUCAUAUAUUUUUUUUUUUUUUAACAAGAAGCACUUAAAUGGGCCAAAAAGGGUUGUGAAUUUGCUUUAUGAUAGUCUUCAGUUAGUACAUGUUUACAUUUCAACCAAGGAUUAUCUGGAAAGACAGGGCAGAUUAUUAGUUGUCUAAUGCUGUAAGGGUUGCUAUACAACUAGGCAGGGUAUGCUUUAGGAUAGAGCAAAAAAGAAUUCCCAAAAUGUACUACAGCAGAUAGCUGUAUGAUGUUAAGGGUUGAAAUUUACCAUUAAACACUGUGGGUCCAUACAUAUGGGUAACAUAGAUUGAAUGGUGGAUUUUCCCUGCAUGGCUUUAUAUUUAUUUUUUUAGGAUGCUUUAGAAAAUAUAAUAUUUUUUUUUGUGUGUUUAAUGGACAUGCCCAGUAGAUUAGGGCUUUAGUGCAAACAACAGUGUCUACAGGCUCUAGACAUCCGUGCAGCAAUAAAGUAACACAAAAACAUGAACUAAUGUUUGGUUUAAGAAAACCUUAACAAAUUUGUGAGUUCUAUUCCUCGUCUUGAUGGUUACUGGUCCUGCAUGCAUACAAAAUUCAAGCAACAUUCUGCUAAAAUGCAGUGGUUAGAUCUUUUAAAUAGAGGUCUGUUUUCCCCUUUGAAAUAUGGCAGUGUACUAAGACUAGUCGUGGACAUGCGUGAUUAUCUUUUGCCAUUGCUGUAUUGCAUGUCUGAUUUACUGUAUCAUUUGAUAUUAUGCCUAUUAGAAUUGGAGGGGGGAUCCCAUCAAAAACUCUAUAGUAUCAGGCCUUCUGUACAGUAUUGCUACGUAUGUUGCAGCAUGCGUGGCUAGUUUACCUUUGGGAAUCCAGCUUAAGCCCCCAACAACAAAAAACAAACUUUGAACAUUUGUUAUCUAGUCAUCAGUAGAAAACUAAUAUAAGUUAAAUUAGUAAUAUAAAUAAUGUAACCAGUUUCAGCUUUGCAUAGAUAGGUUAUUCUAGCUGUCCGUCCAUAGAUACAGUCUGUAUUUGUAUUCUAUAUAUGAGCUAUGAGAUUCUGCUUUCUAAUUUAUUUAGUUUUUUUACAGUACAGAUUCUCUCUCUCCUGCUUCGUAGCUCAACUGAAGUAAAAUAUUAUUGCCAUGCAGGCAGUCAUGUCUGUAAUGUCUUUUUUUUCCUUGCAGCUCCUAAUUGGUAUUGGUUAUAAAAUGUAAGAGAACAAAUACAUGAAUUACAUUAAAGUAAUAUUAAUGUAAUAUGGAGUACUUGAAAUGUCAAAUGUGUGGUAAAGUACUUAACCUUAUAAACCUGUUCCUUAAAAAGCUUUGUUGUUCAUGUGGAAGGAUUGCAAAUCUGAAACUUGAUUCUUUAAUUUACAGAAUCAUCUCAGUGUUAUAGUAAUGUCUGUGCACUCCUUCUGUUGCUUUGCUGUUGCACGCAAAUUCUAAUAAAUUAUUUUUGUAAAUUUGUUGGCUUCUAGCAUGCCACAGUCUCACUAUAAAGGAAAAAUAACUGUGUAUUUAUACACAUCUAUUGAUCAGCCUUUUGCAAUCCCUUUUGCCUUUACACUGUAAAAUAUUCAUUUUCUGGUGUUGUAUGUUUGUUCUUCCAGUCUUCACGUGUAGUUUGGAAGCCACAACUCCAGUUUAUAUAUUACUUUUUCAAAAUAACCAAAUAGUCUCUAGAGACUGAAGGUCAGAACCUUUUGGCCAUCUAAAAUCAAAUAUGUAACUUUUUUUUUUAUCCUAGAGCUUGCCUGACAAAUAUGGUGCUGUAUUUAAAUACACACUAUGUUUUUAUUUGUAUUGCCUUUAUUGCAUCAACAUUUUGACUAGACUAGCCUUGUAGUAAGAAUGGCCACAAUGGAUUGGCCUUGCAGUAGGCUUAUUUAAAUGUAGGCUGGUGCAUUGAUUCUUUACAAAAGUGUAUAUUCCCUUGGCUUUCAUAGACAAUUCAUACUUUAAUAAACACAAGCACUUAGACAUAAAGCACUUAUUAAAAAUGUUGAUUUCACUGGAGCGAAUCUCCAGCUUAAAGACACAUAUCCCCUAUGAA